CAAGAAUCAGUGCUCCCGUCCCUCUCCUCCACCCGGCUGAGCUGGAACCUUUCACCGCUGCGCUUCACAGCCUGACACCUUGAUGGAAACAAGUUGAUGGUGGCCCGAGAUACUUGUAGAUUUGAGCUGCAGCUGAAUAAAACGGGGUGAAAAUUGAAGCAUGGCAGCAAAUCCUUCAGGGCAAGGUUUCCAGAAUAAAAAUAGGGUUGCAAUCCUGGCAGAACUAGACAAGGAGAAGAGAAAGUUACUUAUGCAAAACCAGUCUUCCACAAAUCACCCUGGAGCCAGCAUUGCACUUGCAAGAUCACCGCUGAACAAGGAUUUCCGUGAUCAUGCUGAGCAACAGCACAUUGCAGCACAGCAGAAGGCUGCACUGCAGCACGCACAUGCACAUUCCUCAGGAUACUUCAUAACUCAAGACUCUGCAUUUGGAAAUCUUAUUCUUCCUGUCUUACCUCGACUUGAGGCAGAAUGAGGAAUGUUGUUUCUCAGAACUGCAAGGUCUGAUUUUUGUCUGUAUCAGGAACUGUCUGACCUUUUAAUUUCUUUACUUAUCUUAAAACCUAUUUUUUUCUGGAUUUUUGUGGUUGCUUUUCAGAGUGUGAGCUCUUAACGAUGAAUAAGCAAUGUUGUUGAACAGCAAUUUUUAUCCUGUAUUUCUGUUGCUCUGUCAGGUCAAAGUCGGACGCCAGAAUUCCUUGGUGUGUGAAGUGCAUAACGCUUGCUCUUCCCUGUUUCUGUGCUUCCUUUAAAUAAAUGUCCAAACAGGAGUCAUAGAGAUGGACGCU